CCUACCAUCAACUCAUGAGCCUGAUCGAUGUUUGAAACAGCGCCAAGCUCAAUAUUCCCGAACGAUCUUUUAACAUCUGAUAUUUAGCCUAGUCUUUAAAAAGGAAAUCCGUCCGCAUUCCGUGAGCAACAGUUGGUCUUAUUCUCAUGCCAAACACCAAGAUUGUUGUUCAUUGAGGCAUGUACCCUUGAGUCCUGCGCUUGCCAAAUAGUGCGCCCUACUGACACCAUUGCGCAUGACUGGAAAAUGCAGAGAGAAGUGGGCCUACUGUUUUGAGUAGAAGUCUUUUGCAGCCCCGGAUCAAAACAAUCAACGACGUUAAGGUACACUUAGAAGAAUACCAUCCGAGACCUCAAGUUCCAAGGAUAUUUGUCACAAGGUCUCUCGAGAAGACAGAUGUUGCAAAGUGGCAACAUUAAAGAAAUAAUGUAACGUUAAGCGUCUGCUUUGGCUGAUGAGGUCUGAUAUGCCUACGUUCAUUCAGUAAUGGAAAAGAAGCCGGAAUGUUUGGCAGUAAUCUAUUCUACCUGAAGUCAAGUACCAGCCCUAACCUAAGGUGGAGUGGGACGUCUGAAGAAAACACGCACGCUGCAGCUGCCUAGUGGCACUGCUGCAAAUGUCUUCCUCACGCCUAAAGAGUCUUCCUCCAUAAAGGCAACCCUGAAGCAACUCAAGAUGACAGCAAGCAUUGACAGCAGGGAUGAUGUUUUUGAUGGAUUGAUGGAGGAAGAUGAGAAGGAUAAAGCAAAACGAGUUUCCAGAAACAAGUCCGAAAAGAAGCGCCGAGACCAGUUCAAUGUGCUCAUCAAGGAACUGGGCGGCAUGCUGCCGGGAAACACACGCAAGAUGGAUAAGUCCACCAUCCUGCAGAAGAGCAUCGACUUCCUCCGCAAGCAUAAAGAAAUUGCAGCUCAGUCUGAGUCCAGUGAGAUUCGUCAGGACUGGAAGCCGCAGUUCCUCAGCAACGAGGAGUUUACACAACUCAUGCUGGAGGCCCUGGAUGGGUUUUUCUUAGCAAUAAUGACAGAUGGAAAUAUCAUUUAUGUAUCUGAGAGUGUUACUUCCCUAUUGGAACACCUGCCUUCCGACCUGGUAGACCAGAACCUCCUGAACUUCCUGCCCGAGGGGGAGCACUCCGAGGUGUACAAGGCCCUCUCUUCCCAUCCGGAGGGGGACAGCCUGAGCCCAGAUUACCUCAAGACCAAGAAUCAGAUGGAGUUCUGCUGCCAUAUGCUGAGGGGCAACAUCGACCCCAAGGAGCCGCCGAUCUACGAACACGUCAAGUUCAUCGGCAGCUUUAAAUCGCUGCAUACUGCCCCGCUGGUGACCAGGAACGGUUUGGAGGGCGUGCUGCAGCGGGCACUGCGACCGGCCUUCGACGACCAAGUGUGUUUCAUAGCAACGGUGAAGCUGGUCAAGCCGCAGUUCAUCAAGGAGAUGUGCACCGUGGAUGAGCCGAAUGAAGAAUUUACCUCCAGACACAGCCUGGAGUGGAAGUUCCUCUUCCUGGAUCACAGGGCCCCUCCUAUCAUAGGGUAUCUCCCGUUUGAGGUGUUGGGGACAUCAGGCUAUGAUUACUAUCAUGUGGAUGACCUGGAAGCGCUGGCCAAAUGCCACGAGCACUUGAUGCAGUAUGGGAAGGGGAAGUCGUGCUACUAUCGCUUCCUGACCAAAGGGCAGCAGUGGAUCUGGCUGCAGACGCAGUACUACAUUACCUAUCAUCAGUGGAACUCCAGGCCAGAGUUCAUCGUCUGCGUGCAUACAGUCGUCAGUUACGCUGAGGUGAGGUCGGAGAGACGUCGAGGGAUGGGCAUCGAAGAAUCCCCACCUGAGAUCACUGACAAGGGUCAGGACUCUGGCUCCGAGUCGCAGCUGAACACGUCCAGCCUGAAGGAGGCGCUAGAGCGCUUCAGCCACAGUCGCUCGCCGUCCACUUCCUCCCGCAGCUCUCGCAAGUCUUCCCACACCGCCAUCUCAGACAACACCUGUGCCUCCACGCCUUCUAAGAUACAGCUGGACACCAGUACCUCCCCCCACCCUGCGGCCCCAUCCACCAUUGAGAUGUCCUCCCAGCGCCGGUCUUCCAUCAGCAAUCAGUCCAUGUGCUCCCAGACCACGGCCCAGAGUGCAACACCACCACUGGGGCCGCCGUCGCAGCAGCAACAGCAGCAACAACAACAACAACAACAACAACAACAACAACAACAACAACAACAACAACAACAACAGCAGCCACAGCAGCAGCAACAGGCACAGGCACAGCCCGCUGUGCAGUUCACGGCCCAGCUGAAUGCCAUGCAGCACCUGAAGGACCAGCUGGAGCAGCGCACGCGUGCCAUCGAGGCCAACAUCCAGAAGCAGCAGGAAGAGCUGCGGCAGAUCCAGGAGCAGCUGCACCGCGUACAGGGCACGGGGACGCAGGUAUGCCAACCAGUGAUGUUCCUGCAGCAGGCUGCGUCGGGUGGUCUGAACGUGCAGCUGGCGCCGGGUGGUGCCACCAUGCUGGGAGCGGCGGGCACUCAGGCAAAUGUGCUGACCAUCCAGCCUGGCCAGCAGCAGAGCGUCACCAGCUCCGAGCAGGCAGUCGCAGUCGCAGUCCAGCAACAACAGCAACAACAACAACAACAGCUGCAGCAACAACAACAGCAACUACAACAACAGCAGCAACAACAACAACAGCAGCAGCAGCAGCAGCAACAACAGCAGCAGCAGCAGCAGGCCACAGCUUCCCAGCAACAGCAGCAGGCCCUCGCACAGACCCAGCGUGCAUCCCAGGGUGCUUUGCCCACUCCGCUAUACAACAUGAUGAUUUCACAGCCUGGCUCUGCCAACGUGAUGCCCAUAGCAACCACCCUGGCACACAACAGCUCCCAGGGGGGUGCCACCAUCACCACCUUCACCCAGGACCGACAGAUCAGGUUCCCAGCCGGCCAGCAGCUGGUCACUAAGUUGGUGACGGCGCCCAUGACGUGCGGCGCGGUCAUGGUGCCCACCACCAUGUUCAUGGGGCAGGUGGUGACGGCCUACAGCCCCUUCCAGCAGGGCCAGCCCCAGGCCAUCACGCUUCAGCAGCAGCCGCAGCCGGGCCAGACGCAGGUCGACUCGCAGACGCAGGCUGCCCAGGGCCAGGUCGUGCAGUCAGGAGUCGCCCAGCAGGCGCAGCAGCAGCAGCAGCAGCAGCAGGCAGCGCAGUUCCUGCAGGGGACCCGUCUGCUCCAUGGUAACCAGUCUACUCAGCUCAUCCUGCAGGCAGCUUUCCCAAUUCAGCAGCAGGGCACCUUCACUACCACCACUGCACAGCAGCAACAACAACAACAACAACAACAGCAACAACGUCAACAACCACAGCAGCAACAGCAGCACCGUCAGCAACAACUGAAGCCUCAGACUCAAAAGCAACAGAAAAGCCUGUCCAAUCACCGGACUGAUGGUGCCAGCGGCCAAUGACGAUAAACCAAAGGGUCGGCUUUCAUCAUCUCAGGAGCCAGUCAAAUGGACCUCCUGAGUUUGUUUCGCCCUCUUCUGGCCCAGUGAUUGGUGGUGUGUGUGGGUUUUUUUUGUUGUUGUUGUUAAUCGUCCUGGGAAGCUCAGUGUUGUUACAGGACCACAGACGUUUUCAUGAUUUUUAGCUUUCCACAAUUGAAUCAUGGGGAAGAGGAGAAGCCGUGGCGUGCUAAGGAACUCGCUGCUGUGCCCAUCACGAAAUCGGACACUGCACAGGCCUCCACCUUCCAGCUCCUCCCCACCCCCUGACAUUACCAUGGUAACAGUUGUCUGGCUGGGCUCUUCCACUUCUUCCUUCAUCAGCUGUCAAUCAAAGGUGUCUGUUUUUUUGUUUUUUAAAGAAAUAGUAAUAAUUAUUUAUUCAAAUGGAGAAAAAAAAACAUUUUGCUGGUUGUCAUCUUCACCAAAACCUCAGAAGAAGGCUGCUGUGUCUGGAUUUUAAUGUGCGCCUAAGAGCUUUGACUCACCAGUGGACGUCAAACGGACUCGGACUCUGUACAGUCCCUGUGUAACAUAACCUGUAAAUAUCCCGACAUAAAGGAAACAGCAGAAGCGCGUUUUUUUAUAAGAUGCAUGACCAGUGUAAACUUUUAUUCCUAGUUUUUGUUUUGAUUUUGAUUAUUAUUUUUUUUAAUGUUCUUGUAUUGUUCUAAACAGGGGGGAGGGGAUUGCCUUUUUUAAUUUUAAUCUAGAGUUUCUUCAGACUGGUCCAGAGGGAUUCUUGAGAGUGUGUCACAGUUUGUUUAAUACAGAGAAUUUAGGAUUUAAUGGAACACUUACGCAACUUCCAUAGACAUUAUUUUUUUCCUUAUAGGUAUGUUAAUGUAAUGGCAUACAGUUAGCCCUCCUGCUAGAGGAACCUUAGGUUAAAAAUGCUUGAAUAUACCUGUCUAAAUUUAAUCUCUAUACAAUGAAGUGCCAACAGGUGAACUAUAGUAUGAACUUUCUGCUGUGUUUUUGAAGCUACCUGUUAAAUUAGUUAGUGUUCAUGCCCCCCCCCCCCGGUGCCUCGGCCCCAUGUACCUUCCCCCACGUUGCCUCCACCCGUCGGGAGUGAGGCCACACGCCUCUUCGGGGCCUGUCCAGCUCAUCAGCUGGGAACCGCCAAUCGCUGACCUUUCACCCCUUAAACCCCAGUGCGUCUCCUGCCCGGUGGCAGGACGCUCACCCCUAUGCCUUCCUCUCAGGGCUUCCCGGUGCUCUGCCCCUAUGGCGUGGCCGACAAAGCCCUGGCGUCCCACCUCCGCCUCUCUCUCUCUCUCUCUCUCUCUCUCUCUCUCUCUCUCUCUCUCUCUCUCUCUCUCUCUCUCUCUCUCUCUCUCUGCGUUCAGGGGCUGAGUCGGAACGCUCACUUGCUUCAGCGCUCGUGGGCAGCGAAGUUGAUGGGGGACAGCUCUGUGUGCGUUGGCAAGGUCCAGUCACGCGGCGGCAUGCUGGGCACCAGUCUCUGUUCUCGCCCUCUGCCCGCGGUGUCAUAUUCAGGGUGGACAAGGCGACCCUCCAUCUGUGGGUCCUUCCACACAUAUGGGCUGUCCUAUGACCACAGAGAGGACUGUCUCCCCCGUUAGCAAAUCUCCAGUUCCAGCUGCAACUUGGUUUUCCCAGGAGGUC